ACAAUGCUGGAGAGAUAGCGAGUCCGGAUUGAGAAUCAGAGAGUAAAGAAGGACAUAGGAGAAAAAAAACAAAAGGAGGAAAAAAGAUCCAAGAAGAAAAAAAAUAACAUACUCAAACAAACCAACCCCGCGCCGAAAGAGCCGGCACCAUGAGGUCCAAAGGCAGGGCUCGGAAGCUGGCCACGGCAGAUAGCGGAGACUUCUCCCUUCUUCCCUCCGACGUUCUGGACAACAUGGGUGUAGUUGACGGAGACUCCACUCUCAUCACGCCCGUCGCCGGGGACAACCUUCCCUCCCCCGUCCUAUCGGGUGAGGUGGGUUCCCCUCUUGACCACUCCCCCUUCCAGGCCUCCAUGUUCCUCUCCGAGGGGGAGGGGGAGGCCGCGGGAGCGAUGCCCGAGGUGGAGCUGCGUGAGUCGGGCGCGUGGCCGGAGACGCUGGGCGUGUGGAGCUGCAGGAGGAUGGAGGUCGGCGAGAGGCUGGGACCGUGCGGAGAGGACAUGAUUGGGCUUGCGCAAGCACACGACUGGGAGCUGGAUGGGGAAGCUCAGGUGAGGCUUUGGGAGAACCGUGGAGGAGACAGCAGGAGUUGGCUCAGGCACAUCCAGAUCUCCCCAUCGCCCCGGCAACACAACCUGACAACCUGCCAGCUUCAUGAUCAGAUAUUUUAUCGAGUGACUAGAGAGAUCCAACCCGGUGAGGAGCUGCUGUUGUUCAUGAAGGCAGAGGAGUUUCCAUAUGAGGCCAUGGCUCCUGAUAUCCACGAGGAGAGGCAGUAUCGCUGCGAGGACUGCGACCAGCACUUUGAGUCGCGCUCGGAGCUGCUGGACCACCAGAUGCAGCCUUGCGGCACGCCACCGUCCGGCCUGACGCUGUCGCUGGGGGAGCAGGGCCUGGGCAGCAGCGCAGGAGAGGGCAGCGAUCCCGAACCCCCUCUCCACCAUCUCCACCACCGCACACACACUCUGCACGAGCAGGACGACUCACCGCACGAGUGCAGGGAGUGCGACCAGGUGUUCCCCGACAUUCAAAGUCUGGAGGCUCAUUCCCUAUCCCACUCUGAGGAGAGAGAGUAUAAGUGCGACCAAUGCCCCAAGGCCUUCAACUGGAAAUCCAACCUGAUUCGCCACCAGAUGUCCCACGACAACGGCAAGCACUACGAAUGUGAAAACUGCUCAAAGCAGGUGUUCACGGACCCCAGCAACCUGCAGAGGCACAUCCGCUCUCAGCACGUGGGGGCGCGCGCGCACGCCUGCACCGACUGCGGCAAGACGUUCGCCACGUCGUCGGGCCUGAAGCAGCACAAGCACAUCCACAGCAGCGUCAAGCCCUUUUCAUGCGAAGUGUGCCACAAGUCCUACACACAGUUCUCCAACCUGUGCCGACACAAGCGCAUGCACGCCGACUGCCGCACACAGAUUAAGUGCAAGGACUGCGGCCAGCUCUUCAGCACCACGUCCUCGCUCAACAAGCACCGGCGCUUCUGCGAGGGCAAGGCCCACUUCCCCUCCGCCGGCCUCGGGGGCCUGUUUGGCGCGGCCCUGCCCCUGGGUGGACACCCGGGCUCCGACAAGCCCCAGUUGGCCGCACUGGGUCACGCCGCCGGCGCCGGAUUGGCCGAUUACUUCGGCGGUCGGCACCACCACCACCACCCGGGCGCGGGGCUGACGUUCCCAGCGGCGCCGUCGUUCCCGUUCGGGUUCCCGGGGCUGUUCACGUCCGGGCUGUACCCGCCGCACCCCAGCAGCGGCGCUCCGCACCACCAGCCCCUGCCGCACCGACCGCCGGGCCUGGUCAGCCCCCCAGCGUCGGCCUCCUCGCCCGGGAAAGAGCGCCCCAUGUUGUCCCCGACCGCGUCUGCGUCGGCGCUGCAGCAACAGCAGCAGCUGCGCUCGCAAGGCGGCGACUCGGGCACCAAGCGCAAGGACGAGGGCCGCGCCGGAGAGGACGGGUCAGCGGGACUCCGCGAGAGGGGCUCGUCCUCCUCCUCCUCGUCCAAUCAGAGGCGCGCCAACGGCAAGGGCAGUGACCAAUCAGAGACGAGCGACGACGUGGACGACGUGAGCACGCCCAGCGGCAGCGAGCUGGAGACGAGCUCGGAGGCGUCGGAGCCGGACAGUGAGGGCGAAGGCGAGCGGGACGGAGACGUCGGACGCAGCAUCAGAAGGAGCAAGGCAGCAGGCGGGAGGACUCCGGCCAAUGGCGCGGCAGGGUUGGCCGGACUGUUGCCGCCGGCGCUGGACGAGCGGUCGGCCGUCUCCGGGGCGGUCAGCGACUCCAUCAAGGCCAUCGCGUCCAUCGCCGAGAAGUACUUCGGCUCGGCCGGACUGGCGGGGCUCGGAGGUGGUGCCGCGGCAGCGGCCGCCGUUGCCGCUAGCGACAGGAAGCUGGGCGGGUCAGGGGGCGGCUCGCUGGGCUACCCCUCCGUCUUCCCGCUCUCACUGUUCCCGGCGUUCUCUGCCGCCGCGUCCGUGUACCCACCGUUCGGCGCCGAGCGCGAGGCUCAGGCCAUCCCGGCCAGCCCGGGCCUGACCCCGACCACGGAGUCGCCCUUUGACCUCAGCACGGCCAGGCGCAAAGAGGAGCGGCCCGCCAACUCCGAGGCCACCCACUCUAGGCCUGAGACACGCCCACAGCCAGCUGCCGCGGCCAAUCCGGACCAGCCACUGGACCUGAGCCUGGGCGGCCGCAGUCGCACGCGGCCCAAGGGCGAGGAGCCGAAGAGGAGCGGUCAUAUGUACGGAGGAGAGGAGCGGUCAGAGAUGGCCGCGCCCAAAGCAGACUCAUCCCUCCAACACGCCAGACCCACCCCUUUCUUCAUGGACCCCAUUUACAGGGUUGAGAAGAGGAAGGUGAACGAUCCGUUUGAGACGCUGAAGGACAAGUAUAUGCGCCCGGCCCCAGGAUUCCUGUUUCACCCCCAGUUCCGCAUGCCGGACCAGAGAACAUGGAUGUCGGCUAUUGAGAAUAUGGCAGAGAAGCUAGAGUCGUUUGGCUCUCUGAAGCCGGACGCUGGGGACAUCAUGCGCUCGGUGCCCUCCAUGUUCGACUUCCGUGCCCCUCCUGCCACGCUGCCCGAGUCUCUGCUGCGCAAAGGCAAGGAGCGCUACACCUGCAGGUACUGUGGUAAAAUCUUCCCCCGGUCGGCCAACCUAACCCGUCACCUGAGGACACAUACUGGAGAACAGCCUUACAGGUGUAAGUACUGUGAUCGCUCGUUCAGCAUCUCGUCCAACCUGCAGCGCCACAUCAGGAACAUCCACAACAAGGAAAAGCCCUUUAAGUGCCACCUGUGUGACCGCUGCUUCGGCCAGCAGACAAACCUGGACCGGCACCUCAAGAAGCACGAGAACGGCAACCUGUCAGGCACAGCCAUGUCGUCACCCCGGUCUGAGCUGGACAGUAGCAGUGCCAUCCUUGAGGACAAGGAGGACUCCUACUUCAACGAGAUCCGCAACUUCAUCAGCAACUCUGGCCAGAGACAGACCUCCCCACCACACUCCGAGGAAGGGAUAAACGGCGGCCAUUUUGAAGAGGACAAAGGCCCGACCCCCAGCCGAGAGUCACGUGACCUGGAGGAAGAGGAAGUGGAGGAGCCUGGAGCUGAGGAGGAGGCCGGGGAACAGAGCGAGGUCACGGGCAAGCCUGCGGACGACGCGCUCCCUAGCAACCUGGAAGAUGACAACGAUGCCACCAUGCGAGAUGAGAUGGAUUUUGAGGGGACCAACGAUCUGGAGCUCAACUGCAAAACUUCCCCAAGGAGGUUUGAGGACGAGGAGGAGGAGGAGGAAGAGCAGGGCUCAUUCUCCGCUCUGGAUCACAUCCGCCACUUCUCCGACAUGCGCAAGAUGGACGACAGAGAGUUCGGUGAUGGUGAUGUCACCGGGUUCGGCUCCAGCCGCCUCUCAGAAGCUGUCAAGCAGCCGCUUUAUAGGAAGUCCAAGUCCCAGGCCUAUGCCAUGAUGCUGUCUCUGGCUGAUAAGGACCCACUGCACGCCGGUGCCCACGGCCCCUCUGCCAUGUGGCACAGCCUGGCACGCGCUGCCGCCGAGUCCAGCGCCAUCCAGUCACUGAGCCACGUAUGAGGCGCCCGCCACGCUCCCUCGCUCCGUCACGACGAUGACCUCUGACCUGCCGUCUCUCACCUCUCCUCUUCCAGCCUGACGUCCUGCACCCAUCCCCGACCCUUGACCCCCCCCCAGUACUCCUACCUGAGGCCCCGCCCCCCCCCCCCCCACACACACACACACACACACACACACAGCCGUGGGCCCUCCACAGACUGCUGAGCAGAUAGACACACACAUACACAGACACGCCACAUGCUGUCACCCAGGCUCUGACAAAUACACACACAUGAACCUCACAGACAACACACACACACACACACACACACACACACACACACACACACACACACACACACACACACACACACAGCAGACACCACAGCAAAUGUGACCUUAAAGGAAAUGAUUAAUUGACUGAUUAAUUGAUUGGUUUGUUGAUUAGAUCAUAUGAAUAAUGACAAUGAUGAUAGCAGUGCUUAUGAUGAUGAUGAUGAUGAUGAUGAUGAUGAUGAUGAUGAUGAUAAUAGUGAGUAAUAAUAGGUGUAUUUAUUCUGUUUGAAGUUUCCAUGUUUUGCACAGCGAAGGCAGCUGGUGACUAGAAGGGUAAAACAAAAAAAAAGUUGGUAUGAUGUUGGUAUGAUGUUGUAACGUUAGCAUCUCCAUAGAAAUAGUGAUUGACAAUUAUGAAAAGAGUCUUCCACAUGAAAGGAUCAGAAUGAUAUUUAGUUGCCCCCCCCCCCCUCCAAGUGCACACAGUCAUACACACAACCACACACACACUCACACACACACAGCCUCAUACAUAAAUGCAUACCCAUACACACAUUAAUGGAGAAAGGGUGUGUUAAGAAACAUUUCUAGUGUUCUUCCCUUUAAGUCCCUGUAAAAGAGGCAGAGUGAGACUUAAUAGUGACAUAAUUAUGGGGCAUUUAAAUAAACACUCAUAACUGAAGCCACACAGCUUAGCAGACACCAGAACAGUAGCAAGUGGAUGUAUGAUGGGAUAAUUCAAAAAAAAAAAAAAAGCAUCUCUUUAAAAGAAACAAAUUUUGUUGUUGCGACAAAAUUGAUAUAACACCACUUUCUUUUUUGAAAUCUUAGAAAUUAAAAACAAAAAGACAACACCCCAACCCCCCCCCCCCCCCCCAGUUGUAUGAAAGAGGAAAUUAAGAGACAUAUGUAGCACCCUUUUGUGUACAGGUUGCGUCUCUCUCCUCUAAAUCAUUUAGCUGAAGUUCUGUGGAGUGUCAAUAUGAAGGGCAUUUCUUCACUAGUAUGUACAAUCCCACUCUUCGUUUCCUCUCUUAGCUUCUUCAUGAUACCACUACGCCUCCCGAUGCUCACUGUUAGCUGCUAGUCGUUAGCCACUAGCCGUAGCUAACCCACCCUGUUCUAUCCUUGUGUGUCACAUUCCAUCCUUAGACAAUCAUCGUUCACUUUUUUGUGUAUUUUUAAAUGUUUUUCUUUCUUUUGUUCUUUGUUUUCAUUUCAUUUUUUUGUCUUAGGUCAGUCAGUCGCUGUGGUCGUUGGUAUUUCAAAUGUGUAUGUUUUAAAAAAAACUACAAUGGUAUUUAUUUUAAUUAGUUUUAUAUAUUUCUUUGUUUUUGUUUUGUUUUUUGCAAACAGUUAGUCUGUUUACUGAAUAGCACUGUUCUUACCCCCCUCCCCCCAUCCCAACCCACCCUCUCUUUCCCCAGCACUCUGACUCCACUCUAGAUGAACUGUGGAGGGUUUGCUGGGUGUGUGUGUGUGUGUGUGUGUGUGUGUGUGUGUGUGUGUGUGUGUGUGGGUGAUGGGGGGACAGUCUAGCUCUUACUCCAUGGAUGUUUGUAGGUCUUUGCUCCCAGUAUUCAUUAGUCAUUUAACCCCCCACCCCCACCCAAAUCC